GCUAGAGCAAAAGUUUGCGCUGCGGCUCCUCCGGGACAGAGCUGAGCCAGCCGGUGGGGGACGCGCGAUAAGGACCCGGCGUGCCCCACGGCCCGGCCGAGCCGGACGGAGACCUGCGCCCCAGCGGCACCGCAAGUCCGAGACCUGGUCGGAGCCCCAGGAUGCCGGCGCCCCGGUGCUCUCUGCGGACCGAGGAGCCCGCUCCCAGUCUGGUCCUGGAGUCAGGCCUGUGCCUCCCAGGAGCCACAGCCACAGUGCCGCUCCAGCCUUGACAUGAGCGUUCCCCUGGCGCCCUCUGGUGCCUUGAGGAGCUAACUGUCGGUGUCCGCGUCCAUGGCAGCCAGCAUCCCGCCCUUCGCACUCACCCAGCCGGCCUUGGCCAAUGAGACACUGCAGAAGCAUUACAGCUACGUGGGAAAGCUGGCAGACAGGCUGAGGGACCCCUCGGAGGGCGGCAUGCUCACCACCGCGCUCUUCCUGGUGCUGUGCAGCUGCAUCGUCCUGGAGAACCUGAUGGUUCUGAUUGCCAUUUGGAAGAACAAUAAGUUUCAUAACCGCAUGUACUUCUUCAUUGGCAACCUAGCCCUGUGUGACCUGCUGGCCGGUGUGCUGUACAAGGUCAACAUCCUCAUGUCAGGUCCGAAGACCUUCAGCCUGUCGCUCACCGUCUGGUUCGUCAGGGAGGGCAGCAUGUUCGUGGCCCUGGGGGCAUCCACCUGCAGUCUGCUGGCCAUCGCCAUCGAGCGCCACCUGACCAUGAUCAAGAUGAGGCCCUAUGAUGCCAACAAGAAGCACCGGGUCUUCCUUCUGAUUGGCAUGUGCUGGCUCAUCGCCUUCUCGCUGGGUGCCUUGCCCAUCCUGGGCUGGAACUGCCUGCAGAACCUGCCCGACUGCUCUACCAUCUUGCCCCUGUACUCCAAGAAGUACAUUGCCUUCUGCAUCAGCAUCUUCAUCGCCAUCCUGGUGACCAUUGUGAUCCUGUAUGCGCGCAUCUAUUUCCUGGUCAAGUCCAGCAGCCGCAAGGUGGCCAGCCACAACUCGGAGCGGUCCAUGGCCCUGCUGCGGACGGUGGUGAUCGUGGUAAGCGUGUUCAUCGCCUGCUGGUCCCCUCUUUUCAUCCUCUUCCUCAUUGAUGUGGCUUGCGGGGUCCGGGAGUGCGCUGUCCUCUUCCAGGACCGCUGGUUCAUCAUGCUGGCCGUGCUCAACUCCGCCAUGAACCCUGUCAUCUAUACGCUGGCCAGCAAGGAGAUGCGGCGUGCCUUCUUCCGCCUGGUUUGCAACUGCCUGCUCAGGGGCAAGGGGGCUCACGCUUCACCCAUGCAGCCUGCUCUGGACCAGAGCAGGAGCAAAUCGAGCAGCAGCAACAGCAGCCACUCCCCAAAGAUCAAGGAAGACCUGCCCCCCACGGCCACCUCACCCUGCAUCCCUGACAGGAGCAGAAUUCUUCAGAACGGGGUGCUCUGCAAGUGAACCCCUCCAUGGCGAGCCCUGCGGCCACGCUCUUAUUUAUUGCAUGCCUGUCUAGAUUCCGUGUGGCGCUUCCGGGAGCCAUGACUCGGGACAUCUACUUGCCACUGCCUGACAGCCUGCUUGGUGUGGAUGUCCCCUGAGGAGAGGACCUAAGAAACUGUCAGCCCAUUUCAACGUGGACAGCGUGCCCUGUCCAUUUUCUGAGUCCUCUGAAGGUACUGAGCUGCUCGCCUCACCUGCUGCCUUCCUUUGGGUCUUGGGUAUACUUUCUGUGGUUCACAGAAGGGGAGGUCACAGGCCACACAGUGCUCAGUGUGCCACUGUGGGCCUCUGGGCUUCAUUACGAUGACUUCACACUACACUGACUGUACGCAGGAAUUGUAUAUUCCUGGGCUCCUGUGUCUCAUGGGACUCAUGUUCUACAGAUUUGCCAUUUGGUGCCUACAGUCCCAGCACCCCACAUGGUUACAUACAUGGUCCUGUAAAUGUGUUCAAACUGCGGUACCAGGUCCGAGGACAGGCGCCCUAGCUCCUCGGACCUAUUGGAGGUCUUCUGGAAAGCAUGUUUGUAAAUCCCAGGCGUGUGGUCAGGCCCAGCCAUCCCUAGAGUGUCCCUCCUAUAGUGUGUCUCUCAUCCUUUAAGUGCAUCCGGAAGGCAGAUCACAUGACUGUGCCAGCCACGUCCUCCCGGGGCCUGUGUGUCCUGCCACCAACCACUCAUAGGCACAGAAAGUGCCUAUGAGUAUGAGGCAAGGAUUCCCCUCUCUGAGUUGUUGGGAGCCCGAUCUGCUGAAUGCAGUGGAGUUUCCACUGGGGCAAGAGGUUUACAAGACAGCUCUUUGGUUGUUUGUCUAGUUUGGUUCUUACCAGAAGAGCACAGAGUCAGUGGCCACUCACACUGUCAUCGCUCAGUGCGUGGGGCCAUCAGCAAACUCUCCAGCAUCUGGAGAGAAGGUCUCGAUCCUGAUGGCUGGUAGGAGCAGCCCAACUGUCAGGUCAGCGUGGCCUGGCGGUUGGUGUAUGAGCUCUUCCAAGAGAUGUACUGUGGUGACACCCCUGCGGCAACAUAAGCUGAACCCAUCUCUCACUGUCGCCCCUGUGAAGUUGCUCAGAGGACCUCUCUGUCCCACUCCUUUCAAGCGUUUCAUGUGAAGUACACAGGUGGAGAGCGAACCCAAAUGUGGAGUUAGCAUACAUCUCACACUGGGCUGAGUGCUUUGUAAAAACAACAAAAGCAACCUUCAAAAGGGUGAACCUCACCCCAGAGCACCCCAAAGUGUUUAGGUUGGGUGAGAAUUUUGCCUUAUUAAUACCUAAAAGAACAGUCCUAAACCAGGGGUGACUUUUGCUAGGACAAAGCGGUCCCUUGAUGUAUCCAGUGUAAGCUGCUGGUCCUGAGUCCUGGGUGACCUCCACAUGCUCACCAAAGACUUUCCUCAGUUUCGUUCCUGAUGAGAUAGAACCUACUGGUAGGAGAUGUUCCUCAGGGACGUGUGUGUUUGCAUUCUGCAGGUCACUGAAAAGUUGUGCAAUCUCUCAGCCAAUAGCAUGGGAAGACCCAAGGCAUUUCUAGGAAAAAAAAUCCCCAAGUGUAUGAGGGAGGCCGCAUGCACUGUCACCUAGGAAAUGAGGUGAUUUAAAAGGUUUUGAGUUGCUUUGGGAGCCUCAGCUCUCUGUGUCACUCAUUCUGAUCAUGCCUUGCCCUAUCAUCAGGACUUCUCCAGCGCCUCUAUGUGGGUUUCCACUCACAAACCCUUCUAGGGGCUACUUCCUCUGCUCCUGCCGGGAGGCACCCAUGUGAGCAGCAGGUCACUGAGGCUCCUUGGAGAUAACACAAAGCUUUUAAGCAAUCUGAAUUUAAAAUACACGAAGGAAGCAAUUGUGAUCAUUUCUAUAGGCAAAACCCAGUCACCCCGACACUGUUUGCACCCACGCUCCUCACUAGCCAGCUCGAGGUCAUUUGGAAGUCCCACUGUCUGAGCCCUCACUGGGAAGGUUGGAGUCCAGUGAUCUUAUAUGCCACAGAGAACCUAUGUGUUCAAUCUCACGGUAGUUGGUAGCUUUUACUUUUUUCAAUGUGUUUGUUAAAAUAAUUCCAAUGUAUGUUUGUUUAAGAAAUAAAACCAAAAGCUGUUAUAUAAA